CCGUUUCUCCGGCAACGAAAGAGGCUUUCGGCGACGCCGAGGAGCCCAACUCGAGUUUAGUGGCACUUGUCGCUUGGGACCCCAACAAAGUGGAAAUGUCGGAGGCGGCGCCGGCCGACAAGAGGUACGACUUCCUGGGACACUACCUGGGGCUGAGCUACAACCUCAAAGCGGACCGCUGGCAGAAAUGCAUGUCCACCGAGGAGUACCGGCAGCUCAUCGGGGACUUCCUGAACCGCGCGGACAUGAGCGCGCUCUUCGUGAGCCUGAGCGCGGCGGGGCAGUUCGUGCCGUCGGCGACCUUCCCCGCCGCGUCCAAGACCAAGGCCGUGUACUUCGUGAAGCGCAGCCAGGACCCGCUCACGGCCGAGACCGUCCGGACGAACCUGCUGUACGGCGACAUCGCGCCCUCCCCCUUCGAGCAGCUCUCCACCCUGGUGGAGGAGUUAUUGGUUCCAGUGAUGUCCAACAGCAGAAACCAUGGUGGAUGGCCACAGGUGGUGUCUCAAGAUAUUAAGCAGCAUGUACACUCUCUGAAGACCAGCGUGUCGGUGAUGGCGGGGAAAGUCCGGGGCAAAACUCUUCUUCCUUUACCUGUGUGUUUGGAAAGAGUGGGUCAGGCAGCCCUGGAGAAAGACAAGAGCAUCCUCCAUUCAAUUGAGUCUGUGGUGAUUGACUGGUGCCAUCAGAUUCGGGAUGUCAUCAAAAGGGACUCUGCAGCAGCACUCUUAGAAGGCAAGAACCCAACACCUGAUGAGGAGCUGCUCUUCUGGAGAGAUCGAUUUGCUGACCUAGAAUGCAUUUAUGGGCAACUGAAGUCACCAAAUGUUGCCAAAAUGGCAGAGAUUCUGAAGAAGAUGAAGAGCAGUUACUACCCUGCUUUUCAGAACAUGUUUCAAGAAGUCUUGGCAGCACUUGAGGAGGCCAGGGACAUCAACAUCCACUUGAAGCCCCUUAAGCAGAUCUUUGAGGAUGUGGAGAACAUGGAAAUCAAUGAGAUCAAGAGUCAGAUUGCUCCCAUGAUGCAUUUGGUGUGUCUUUUGUGGGCCAAGUCCAGAUUCUACAGUAGCCCUGACAGAGUCAUUGUACUUCUGCAGGAGAUCUGUAACCUCCUCAUAUGCCAGGCCGAGAACUAUCUGAACCCUGAAGAUCUGUUAAAAGGGGAGGCUGAGGAGAGCCUGGCCAAGGUGCAGGAGACUAUUGGAGUUCUUCUUCACUUCCAGCAGACCUACAAAGAGAGGCGUGCCAGCCUGAGUGAGUACCAGAAGUAUGGACAGCAGCUCAAGGAGUGGGAUUUUCCUCCUGCCAUGGUCUUCAAAACAAUGGACUUCUUCAUUCAGAGGCUGGAGACUAUUCAGGGUCUGCUGCUGGGGUCCCUGGACAUGAUGAAGCUGGAGAAGAGUGACUAUGGAGGAGUUUGUGGGAAGAUGCUUAGACAGCAGGUCCUGGGCAUGUAUGAGGAGUUCAUGGAAACAUACAAAGCAUUCACAGAGAAAGCCACAGAUUGUCUCAACCCUGCCAACAUGGAGUUUGAGGCAGAUGUUGGUGAGUUUAUGCGUAAAGUGGAGGACGUCGAUCGUCGUUUGGGUUCCAUCUUCUGUCGUGCUUUUGAUGAUGUUUCGGACUUGGAGCAUGCCUUCAAGGUUAUAGAAAUGUUUGCCAGCCUUCUUCAUCGACCCCUAAUUGCAGCUGGUAUGCAGAGUAAAUACCCGGAACUGGUCAACAUGUUGGACUACGAAUUGGAGAACUGCAGAGUACUGUACAACAGACAUAUUCAGAGAGAGGAAGAGCAGGGUUACACCCCCGUCAAUAAGAAUAUGCCCGCUGUGGCUGGGGGAUUAAUGUGGGCUCAGGAGCUCCAGGAGCGCAUUCAAAUCCCAUUUGAGAAGUUCAAGCACAUUGAAAAGCAAUUCUCAGAGUAUGCUGAUGGGGAGAGAGUGAUUCAGAAAGAGAAGGAAGUGAUGAAGUUACUUGACAGUUACACGUCUAAGCUAUAUCAAGUGUGGGCUGAAACAGUUGGGGAGAAGUCUCAGUAUAACCUCACUCAGCCCAUUAUAUCCAGAGACCCUACGACAAGGCUUAUCACUGUCAACUUCAGCCCUCAGUUAGUGUCCAUGCUGAGAGAGGUGAAGUACCUGCAGGCCAGGCAAGUUGAAGCCAUACCAGACUCAGUAGCCGACAUUUAUGCCAAAAAGAAAGUCCUGCAGCAGUAUGUGGCCAACCUGGAACUCACUGCCAACUGGUACAACAAAGUGAUGCAGACGGUGCUGGAGGUGGAGUUCCCACUGGUGCAACGGCAACUACAAGAUAUUGACGCCUGCCUGAAGGAGGCCGAGAUUUCCGUUAACUGGAAGAGUGAAGGCAUUUGGGACUACAUUCAAAAAGUCCGUGACAUGGUCCGUGACCUUGAGAGAUGCCUGCAAAAGGUGAAAGACAAUGUUGAGGUGAUUCAAAAUAUCAUGAAGACCUGGAUGUCUCCCAUCUUUGAGAGGAAGGAGGGGAAGGACACCCUCAUCAACCUUGACGACAGAACUGAGAGGCUCGAGAAGCGCUAUAGCUACAUCCGAGACUCUGGCAACAGGAUCCAUUCCUUGUUGAAGGAAAAUUUAGAACUUUUUAAGGCAGAUGCUACUUCUGAUGCAUGGAUGGCUUAUGUGGAAUAUGUUGACGAAAUGGUAGUCGAUGGAUUCUUCAACAGCAUUGAGUGCUCACUCAGAUUUUUUCUGGAUAACACAGAUCCCAAAGCUGGUUUGGCCCCGUUGUUUGAAGUCCAGCUAAACCUUAGUGUCCCUGACAUGGUAUUCUACCCCUCCCUUCAGUUUGGCACCAGUGAUGGCUUUUAUGACUUGGUGGAAAGCCUUGUCAAUGACGUCUACAGGAUCUCUUCCCUGAUGCCACGACUAGCUGGGCACAACAGCCUUCCUCACUACCAGGCUGAUAUGGAGGGUAUGGCUGACUUAGCUGACAUGCGUCAACAUCUCAUGGACAGCGUCAAGCAAGUGAUGUCCAAGUGCUUGGAUUACUCCAAUGGCUUUGAGCACUAUGCAUACCUUUACGUUGAUGAUAGAAAGGAGUUCAUGCGGCAGUUUUUGCUAUACGGUCAUGUUCUGACCAGCGAAGAGAUAGAGGCCCACGCAGAGGAGGGUGUCCCAGAGAGCCCUCCUACCCUGGCACAGUUCAAGGAGCAGGUGGACUCCUACGAGAAGAUCUGUGAAGAGGUCCAGCACAUAGACCCCAUUGCCGUAUUUGACAGUUGGAUGAGGGUUGAUGCCCGCCCCUUUAAGAGUGCCUUGCUUAAUGUUAUUAAAAGGUGGAGCCUCAUGUUUAAGCAGCACCUCAUUGACUAUGUCACUAACAGCCUGUCUGACUUAGAGAAGUUCAUCAAAGUUGCCGAAAAACAGCUGGGCAAAAAGGUAGAGGAAGGUGACUACAGUGGCCUGGUGGAAAUAAUGGGGCACUUGAUGGCAGUGAGGGAGAGGCAGAGCAACACGGAUGCAAUGUUUGAGCCACUGCAGCAAACCAUAGAGCUGUUGCAGACAUAUGAGCAGGAGCUUCCGGAGGAGGUUUACAGGCAGUUAGAGGAGCUGCCAGAGAAGUGGAACAAUGUGAAGAAGCAAGCGGUCACAGUGAAGCAGCACAUCGCACCUCUGCAGGCUAAUGAGGUGGCCAGCCUGCGGAGGAAAUGUGCCUCUUUUGAUGUGGAGCAGCACACCUUCAGGGAACGCUUUCGCAAGGAAGCACCUUUCAGGUUUGACACUGAAAACCCUUACCAUAUGCUAGAUAUAGCCCACAAGCAAAUUCAGGAGAAAGAAUCAACUAUGGCCGCAAUCACCGAGUCUGCAAGUCUCUUUGAGGUGAAUAUCCCUGAUUACAAGCAGCUGAAGCAGUGCCGCAAAGACGUGUUACUGCUGAAGGAGCUGUGGGACAUGAUUAUAGUAGUGGACUCCAGCAUUACCGACUGGAAGAAGACCAGGUGGCGAGAAAUCAACGUUGAGGAUAUGGAGAUGGAAUCGAAGCGUUUCGCCAAGGACAUUCGGGCCCUGGACAAAGAGGUGCGGGCAUGGGAUGCCUUUUUAGGCCUGGAUGACAGGGUGAAGAACACCCUGACCUCCCUGAGGGCGGUGGCAGAGCUACAGAACACAGCCAUCCGGGAACGGCACUGGCACCAGCUGAUGCAGGCCACAGGGGUGCGCUUCACCAUGGACAAGGACACCACCCUGGCGGACCUCCUGAAGCUCAACCUGCACAAGUACGAGGAUGAAGUGCGGGGAAUUGUGGACAAGGCUGUUAAGGAGAUGGGCAUGGAGAAGGUUUUGACCGAGCUGAACACCACCUGGACGGGCAUGCAGUUUCAGUAUGAACCCCACCACCGGACCAAGGUGCCCCUGAUCAAGACUGACGAGGAGCUGAUCGAGAUCCUGGAAGAUAACCAGGUGCAGCUGCAGAAUCUCAUGUCUUCCAAGUACAUUGCCUUCUUCCUGGAGGAAGUUUCUGCCUGGCAGAGGAAGCUGUCCACAGCAGACUCUGUUAUUGGCAUCUGGUUUGAGGUGCAGAGAACCUGGUCUCACCUGGAGAGCAUCUUCAUUGGCUCAGAGGACAUACGUUCUCAGCUGCCUGAGGAUUCAAAACGCUUUGAAGGCAUAGACACAGAUUUCAAAGAACUGGCCAAUGAUGUGAGUAACACUCCCAAUGUUGUGGUAGCCUGCAACAAACCAGGCCUGUACAAUAAAUUGGAGGACCUUCAAGGCAGGUUGGCCCUGUGUGAGAAGGCUCUCGCAGAAUAUCUGGACACCAAACGACUUGCCUUCCCCAGGUUCUAUUUCAUUUCCUCAGCUGACCUGUUGGACAUCCUCUCUAAUGGCACCAGUCCUCACCAGGUUCAGCGCCAUCUUUCCAAGCUGUUUGACAACAUGUCUAAGAUGAAGUUUGAGGUAGACCAGGCUGGGAAGCCCACCAAGAUUGGCCUGGGAAUGUACAGCAAGGAGGAGGAAUAUGUUACUUUCAAUAAGCCUUGUGACUGCGCUGGUCAGGUGGAGGCCUGGCUGAACCGAGUACUGGACAGCAUGAGAGCUACAGUGCGACAUGAGAUGACAGAAGCAGUGGUAGCCUACGAGGAAAAGCCCAGGGAACAGUGGCUCUUUGAUUAUCCUGCACAGGUUGCUCUAACAUGCACUCAGAUCUGGUGGACUACAGAAGUGGGCAUUGCCUUUUCUCGUUUGGAAGAGGGCUACGAGAAUGCCAUGAAGGAGUACUACAAGAAACAAGUGAACCAGCUGAAUACCCUUAUAACUAUGCUGAUUGGCCAGCUCUCGCCUGGAGACCGCCAGAAAGUCAUGACCAUCUGUACUAUAGAUGUCCAUGCCAGAGAUGUGGUAGCCAAAAUCAUUGCUCAGAAGGUGGACAACUCACAGGCCUUUUUGUGGCUCUCUCAACUUCGACACCGGUGGGACGAUGAUAGGAAACAUUGCUUUGCCAAUAUCUGCGAUGCCCAGUUUCUGUACUCAUAUGAAUACCUUGGUAACACACCACGUCUGGUGAUCACUCCAUUAACAGACAGAUGCUACAUAACCUUAACCCAGUCCCUGCACCUCAUCAUGAGUGGAGCUCCAGCUGGCCCAGCUGGCACGGGGAAGACUGAGACCACCAAGGACUUGGGACGGGCCCUGGGGAUCAUGGUCUAUGUUUUCAACUGCUCUGAGCAAAUGGACUACCAGUCCUGUGGGAAUAUUUACAAAGGCCUGGCACAAACAGGAGCCUGGGGGUGCUUUGAUGAAUUUAACCGAAUCUCUGUGGAGGUGCUCUCUGUGGUAGCAGUACAGGUUAAGAGCAUCCAAGAUGCUGUCAGAGAUAAAAAGAAGCGGUUCAACUUCAUGGGAGAGGAGGUCAACCUCGUCUCCUCUGUUGGGAUCUUCAUUACCAUGAAUCCUGGAUAUGCCGGGAGGACAGAAUUGCCUGAGAAUCUGAAAGCACUUUUUCGACCUUGUGCCAUGGUGGUGCCAGACUUUGAGUUAAUCUGUGAGAUUAUGCUGGUGGCAGAAGGCUUCAUUCAAGCCAAGAUUUUGGCCAGGAAGUUCAUUACCUUGUAUCAGCUGUGUAAAGAGCUUCUUUCAAAGCAGGACCACUAUGACUGGGGCUUGCGGGCCAUCAAAUCCGUGCUGGUGGUAGCAGGGUCAUUGAAAAGGAGUGAUCCUGACCGCCCUGAGGAGCAGGUGCUUAUGAGAGCUCUGCGAGACUUCAACAUCCCCAAGAUUGUGACUGACGACAUGCCCGUGUUCAUGGGCCUCAUUGGAGACCUGUUCCCUGCACUGGAUGUCCCUCGUAAAAGGAACAUGGAAUUUGAGAAGUUUGUCAAACAAUCUAUCCUGGACCUCAAGCUGCAGGCUGAGGACAACUUUGUUCUGAAGGUGGUGCAGCUAGAGGAGCUCCUUGCUGUCAGGCACUCAGUGUUUGUAGUGGGUAAUGCUGGCACAGGAAAGUCACAGGUGAUGAAAUCCCUGAACAAGACCUACCACAACAUGAAACGCCGUCCCGUGUGGUCUGACCUCAACCCCAAAGCUGUCACCAACGAUGAACUUUUUGGCAUCAUCAACCCAGCCACCCGGGAGUGGAAAGAUGGGCUUUUCUCCAAUAUCAUGCGUGAGCUGGCUAACAUUAGUCAUGAUGGACCAAAGUGGAUUGUGCUUGAUGGAGAUAUUGACCCAAUGUGGAUUGAAUCUUUGAACACCGUCAUGGAUGAUAACAAGGUGCUGACUCUGGCAAGUAAUGAGAGAAUACCACUGAACCCAACUAUGAGGCUGGUUUUUGAGAUCAGCCACCUGCGAACUGCCACACCUGCCACUGUGUCCCGAGCUGGCAUCCUAUACAUAAACCCAGCAGAUUUGGGCUGGAAUCCUCCAGUGAGCAGCUGGAUUGACAAGAGAGAGGUCCAGUCUGAGAAAGCCAACUUGACUAUUCUCUUUGAGAAGUACCUACCUCCUUGUCUUGACAGUCUCAGGACGAGAUUUAAGAAGAUCAUCCCUAUUCCAGAACAAAGCAUGGUACAGAUGCUUUGUCACCUUCUGGAUUGUCUGUUGACACCUGAGCACACCCCUCCAGAUAGUCCAAAGGAACUGUAUGAGCUCUUCUUUGUCUUCUGUGCCAUUUGGGCAUUUGGAGGUGCCAUGUUCCAGGAUCAGCUGGUUGAUUACAGAGUAGAGUUCAGUAAAUGGUGGGUGUCAGAAUUCAAAACUAUCAAGUUCCCAUCUCAAGGCACUGUAUUUGACUACUACAUCGACCCUGAGACAAAGAAGUUUGAACUAUGGUCAAAAAUGAUUCCUCCGUUUCGUUUUGAUCCAGAUAUUCCUCUGCAGGCUUGCUUGGUGCAUACCACUGAGACAAUUCGGAUUCGUUACUUCAUGGACCGAUUGCUUGAGAGGAGGCUCCCAGUCAUGUUGGUGGGAAAUGCAGGAACGGGAAAAUCAGUUCUGGUUGGUGAUAAACUGGGUUCCUUGGAUCCAGAUAAGUACAUGAUCAAGAACGUGCCCUUCAACUAUUACACAACAUCAGCUAUGCUGCAAGCCAUUUUAGAAAAGCCUCUGGAGAAGAAGGCUGGUAGGAACUAUGGCCCCCCUGGGAGCAAGAAUCUGAUCUACUUCAUCGAUGACAUGAACAUGCCAGAAGUAGAUGCCUAUGGAACAGUGCAGCCUCACACGCUCAUUCGACAGCACAUGGACUACAUGCACUGGUAUGACAGAAUCAAGCUAGUUCUAAAGGAGAUCCACAACGUGCAGUAUGUGUCCUGCAUGAAUCCCACCGCGGGCAGCUUCACCAUCAAUCCACGGCUGCAGCGACACUUCUGCGUGUUUGCACUCUCUUUUCCUGGUGCGGAUGCCCUGAGUACCAUCUACUGCAGCAUUUUAACCCAGCGUCUCCGUGGGGAGGGCUUUCCGCCAGUCCUGCAGAAAAGCUGCCCCCAGGUCAUCCAACUGUCACUGGCUGUGCACCAAAAGGUGACUGCCACCUUUCUACCCACGGCCAUCAAGUUCCAUUAUAUCUUCAACCUCCGUGACCUCUCCAAUAUAUUCCAGGGAGUUCUGUUUUGUUCAUGUGACUGCCUGAAGACUGUCCAAGACUUGGUGAAGAUUUACAUGCAUGAGUCUCAAAGAGUCUACAGAGACAAGAUGGUUGAAGAGAAGGACUUUGAAACUUUUGACAAGAUUAUUCAUGAUUCAGUAAAAAAGUUUUUUGAGGACAUAGAUGCGACCCUUGAAGAAGCUAAGGCCAUGAAUAUGUACUGUCACUUUGCCACUGGCAUUGGGGAGCCAAAAUACAUGCCUGUGCAGUCAUGGGAAUCCCUCAACAAGAUAUUGAUGGAGGCACUGGAGAACUACAACGAAGUCAAUGCUGCUAUGAGUCUGGUUCUUUUUGAAGAUGCUAUGUCACACAUUUGUCGCAUUAACCGAAUCUUAGAAUGCCCCAGAGGAUACGGACUUCUGGUAGGAGUGGGCGGCAGUGGUAAACAGAGUCUGACAAGGCUUGCAGCAUUCAUAAGCUCCUUGGAGGUGUUUCAGAUUUCUCUUAGGAAAGGCUACAACAUCCCUGAUCUCAAGACUGAUUUAGCUGGACUGUACAUCAGAGCUGGGGUGAAGAAUAUUGGCACAGUAUUCUUAAUGACUGAUGCCCAGGUGGCAGAUGAAAAGUUCCUGGUCCUAGUCAAUGAUCUUUUGGCAUCAGGUGAGAUCCCUGAUCUGUUUCCGGACGAUGAAGUGGAAAAUAUAGUAGGAAACAUGAGGAAUGAGGUGAAAUCACUAGGACUGAUAGACACCAGGGAGAACUGCUGGAAGUUCUUCAUUGACCGUGUGCGAAGGCAGCUGAAGGUUGCCCUCUGCUUCUCUCCUGUGGGCAACAAGUUGCGGGUGCGAAGCAGGAAGUUCCCAGCCUUGGUCAACUGUACUUCCAUCGACUGGUUCCACGAGUGGCCGCAAGAAGCCCUUGAAUCAGUUAGCUUUCGGUUCCUCCAGGACAUUGAGCAAAUACAGCCAGUAUUAAAGGACUCUGUCAGUAAGUUCAUGGCCUACGUCCAUACCAGUGUCAAUAAGAGUUCCAGGGCUUACCUGGCCAGUGACCGGCGCUACAACUAUACCACACCCAAGUCCUUCCUGGAGCUGAUCAAGUUGUAUCAGAACCUGUUGUCCCGGAAGGGCAGAGACCUGGCCCUUAAAACCGAGAGGCUGGAGAAUGGGCUCCAGAAGCUCAAUAGCACGUCUUCCCAGGUGGAUGACCUGAAAGCCAAGCUGGCUGCCCAGGAAGUGGAGCUGAAGCAGAAGAACGAGGAUGCAGACAAGCUAAUCCAGGUGGUUGGGGUGGAGACAGCGAAGGUCAGCAAGGAGAAGGCUGUGGCUGAUGAAGAGGAGAAGAAAGUGGCGGUUAUUGCUGAGGUUGUAAUGGGGAAGCAGCGGGAUUGUGAAGAGGACCUGUCCAAAGCUGAACCCGCCCUGAUAGCUGCCCAGGAAGCCCUCAACACUCUGAACAAGAACAACUUGACGGAGCUGAAGUCCUUCGGCUCCCCCGUGGCUGCUGUUACCAACGUGACUGCGGCCGUCAUGGUGUUGAUGGCUCCUGGUGGCCGUGUCCCCAAGGACAGGAGCUGGAAGGCAGCAAAGGUGAUGAUGGCCAAGGUUGAUGCCUUCCUGGAUGCGCUAAUCAACUUUAAUAAGGAAAACGUCCAUGAAAACUGCCUCAAGGCCCUCCAGCCCUAUCUCCAGGACCCCGAGUUCCGCCCGGAGCUGGUGGCUGCCAAGUCUUUAGCAGCAGCAGGGCUCUGCUCCUGGGUGAUCAACAUUGUGAAGUUCUAUGAGGUGUACUGCGAGGUGGAGCCCAAGAGACAGGCCCUCAGCAAGGCCAAUGCAGAGCUAGCAGCAGCCCAGGAUAAGCUCACCACAAUAAAAUCCAAGAUUGCUCAACUGAAUGAGAACCUGGAGAAACUGACAGCGAAGUUUGAGAAGGCCACGGCAGAGAAGCUGAAGUGCCAGCAGGAGGCCGAUGCCACGGCAUACAUCAUUUCUCUUGCCAACCGCCUGGUAGGGGGGCUUGCAUCAGAGAAUGUUCGCUGGGCUGAAGCUGUGAGUAAUUUCAAGCACCAGGAGAAAACACUUUGUGGAGAUGUGUUGCUGAUCACAGCCUUUGUGUCCUACCUGGGAUAUUUUACAAAGAGCUACCGCCUGGAACUGAUGGACAAGACCUGGAGGCCUUACCUGAGCGAGCUCAAGGUGCCGGUUCCAGUGACACCAGACUUGGACCCAUUAACAAUGCUGAUGGAUGAUGCAGAUAUUGCCGCUUGGCAAAACGAGGGACUUCCUGCAGACAGGAUGUCAACAGAAAAUGCCACAAUCCUAACCAGCUGCGAGCGCUGGCCUUUAAUGGUGGACCCCCAGCUGCAAGGAAUCAAAUGGAUCAAAAAUAAAUAUGGAGAAGCCCUCAGAGUUAUCAGGAUAGGCCAGAGAGGAUAUCUUGAUUCUGUGGAAAUGGCCUUGUCUUCUGGUGAAGUAGUUUUGAUUGAAAAUUUGGAAGAGAAUGUGGACCCAGUUUUGGGACCUUUGCUUGGUCGAGAGACUAUAAAGAAGGGGAAGUGCAUAAAAAUUGGAGAUAAAGAGUGUGAGUACAACCCCAACUUCCGUCUCAUCCUUCACACGAAGCUGGCGAAUCCCCAUUACCAGCCAGAGCUGCAGGCCCAGUGCACCCUCAUCAAUUUCACAGUAACACGGGAUGGCCUCGAGGAUCAGCUUUUGGCAGCUGUGGUCAGUAUGGAACGACCAGACCUGGAAGAGCUGAAGUCAAACCUCACAAAGCAGCAAAAUGGUUUCAAGAUUACUUUAAAAACUCUUGAAGAUAAUCUGCUGUCCCGUCUAUCUUCUGCUUCUGGAAACUUCUUGGGUGACACUGAGCUGGUGGAGAAUCUUGAGACAACCAAACAGACAGCUGCAGAGAUUGAAGAAAAGGUAAAAGAGGCCAAGGUGACAGAAGUCAAAAUCAAUGAAGCGAGGGAGCACUACCGCCCAGCAGCAGCCCGAGCUUCCUUAUUGUACUUCAUAAUGAACGACCUCAAUAAAAUCCAUCCCAUGUAUCAGUUCUCUCUGAAGGCAUUCAGUGUGGUAUUUCAGAAGGCAGUCCUGAAGGCAGCUCCAGAUGAAGUGCUGAAGCAGAGGGUUGCUAACAUCAUCGACAGCAUUACGUCUUCGGUUUACCAGUACACCACACGUGGCCUCUUUGAGUGUGAUAAACUCACCUACACAGCUCAGCUUGCCUUCCAGAUAUUGCUGAUGAAUAAAGAAAUCAAUCCGAUAGAGCUGGAUUUCCUUCUGAGGUACCCUGCUCAGCCUGGUGUGAUAUCACCAGUCGACUUUCUCUCCAAUCAGUCAUGGGGUGGAAUAAAGGCUUUAAGUGCCAUGGAUGAGUUCCGAAAUUUGGACCGUGACAUAGAGGGAUCUGCCAAGCGCUGGAAGAGGUUUGUGGAGUCAGAGUGCCCAGAGAAGGAUAAGUUCCCUCAGGAGUGGAAGAACAAGACGGCUCUUCAGAAACUCUGCAUGAUGAGGGCAAUACGGCCUGACCGGAUGACCUACGCUGUGAGGGAUUUCGUAGAGGAGAAACUGGGCAACAGAUACGUGGCGGGCCGGUCCCUGGAAUUCGCCAUCUCCUUUGAAGAAUCUGGGCCAGCGACUCCCAUGUUCUUUAUCCUGUCUCCCGGUGUUGACCCACUUAAGGAUGUAGAGAAACACGGACGAAAACUAGGUUACACCUUUGACAACAUGAACUUCCACAAUGUGUCCUUGGGCCAGGGACAGGAAGUAGUGGCUGAACAAGCCCUGGACCUCGCAGCCAAGGAGGGCCACUGGGUUAUCUUGCAGAACAUCCAUCUGGUGGCUAAAUGGCUAAGCACAUUGGAGAAGAAGCUAGAGCAACACAGUGAGGGAGGUCACGAGAACUUCAGAGUGUUCAUCAGCGCCGAGCCUUCUGGGACUCCGGAGUCGCACAUAAUCCCUCAGGGCAUCCUGGAGAACUCCAUCAAGAUCACCAAUGAGCCUCCCACUGGGAUGCAUGCCAACCUCCACAAGGCCCUGGACAACUUCAACCAGGAUACAUUGGAGAUGUGUGCCCGUGAGAAUGAGUUUAAAAGCAUCCUCUUUGCCCUUUGCUACUUUCACGCAGUGGUGGCUGAGAGGAGAAAAUUUGGUCCACAGGGUUGGAACAGAAGCUACCCCUUUAACACAGGGGACCUGACUAUCUCCGUGAAUGUGCUCUACAACUAUCUAGAGGCCAACUCAAAGGUUCCUUAUGAUGACCUUCGUUAUCUGUUUGGUGAGAUCAUGUAUGGCGGUCAUAUCACGGAUGACUGGGACCGCAGGCUGUGUCGAACCUACCUGGAAGAGUUUGUCAAACCCGAGAUGAUGGAGGGAGAUGUCUACCUGGCCCCAGGCUUCCCUUUGCCUGGAAGCAUGGACUACAAUGGUUACCACGAGUACAUUGACGAGACUCUCCCUGCCGAAUCCCCAUACCUGUAUGGGCUGCAUCCCAACGCUGAGAUCGGAUUCCUCACCCAGACCUCAGAGAAGCUCUUCCGGACCGUGCUGGAGAUGCAGCCUCAAGACAGCAGUGCUGGAGAGGGCACUGGGGGCACAAGAGAGGAGAAGGUGAAGGCAGUCUUGGAUGAUGUCAUGGAGAAACUGCAUGAGGAGUUCAACUUGCCAGAGCUGAUGUCGAAGGUGGAGGACCGGACACCAUACAUUGUGGUUGCCUUCCAAGAGUGUGAGCGCAUGAACUUCCUCACGCAGGAAAUCAAACGCUCAUUGAAGGAACUCAAUCUAGGUUUGAAGGGAGAGCUGACAAUGACAAGUGACAUGGAGAACCUGCAGAAUGCUUUGUUUCUUGACCAAGUGCCUGAAUCCUGGACAAAACGGGCUUACCCUUCAAUAUCGGGCCUCGGCGCCUGGUUUGUGGACCUCCUCAACCGCAUUAAGGAACUGGAGACUUGGACAUCAGACUUCACCCUGCCCUCAGUGGUGUGGCUGGCUGGCUUCUUCAAUCCACAGUCCUUCCUGACAGCUAUUAUGCAGUCCAUGGCCCGAAAGAAUGAGUGGCCCCUGGACAAGAUGUGCCUGCAGUGUGACGUGACCAAGAAGUCUCGUGAGGACUUCAGCAGCCCGCCACGUGAGGGAGCCUACAUACACGGACUCUUCAUGGAGGGAGCACGUUGGGAUACCCAGACAGGGAUAAUGGCAGAAGCCAGACUGAAGGAGCUGACUCCAUCAAUGCCUGUCAUCUUCAUAAAAGCCAUUCCCGUUGACAAGCAAGACACUCGCAACGUGUAUCAAUGCCCUGUGUACAAGACUCGGCAGAGAGGACCUACGUUUGUGUGGACCUUCAACCUGAAGACCAAGGAGAACCCAUCCAAGUGGACCCUGGCUGGUGUUGCUCUGCUGCUGCAGGUUUAGAGCAUGAGACAUAAGAUCUCUUGACACCUUUAUAGCACGUGACAUUAUUGUUCAAGGAAAUUCUGUUUAUCUAAUGUUUUACCCCUCAUUCAAAAAUCAUAAAUCAGUUGCUUCUCUUAAUUUAUGCUUAACUCCUUCUCCAUAAUGAUUAUAUGUAUCUUUAAUUUAUGCAUGAUUCAUAUAAUCUUGUACUCAACAAUGAGGAUUUUCCACUUGUACAACAAAAUCUGCAAAUUAUUCAUACAUUUAGUUGACACCUUUUGGGUUUUAUAUUAAGCUGCUGACAAAGAUUUUUUAAUUUGUAUGGCUAGGGAGUUUUUACUUCAUAAAUUCAGGGUAAGUACAGUGAUCUAGGGCACCAAGGCCUUUACUUGAAAGGCAGUGGCUCUAACCACUGUUUACUGCUGCUCCAAAUUACCACUAAACAACUUUCAUUUGGUGUAGUUUUGAAAACAUGUAUGUUAAGAGGUUUAUGAUGAUUGAAGGUUUAUGAUUAAGUACUGAGGCUAUGUAAAAAUGGGGCGGCACGUGGAAAGGUGGUAAUAAUGACACUUGAAAACAACAGAAGUAGCAUAUUGGUUUUCUGGUUUGGAUAAACCUCUUCAUGUUGGACUGUUGAGCAAGGUAUUUACUCUUAACUGAUAGUGUAAGAAUACAAAACGGUAUACUGUAGAUGGGUGUAAAUCAUUGUAAAGUUUCUUUGGAUAAAGAUCUUUACUAAAAUGUUUAUUUUUCUUUCAUAUGCCCAUGCAUUUGUCCCAAGCAACAUAGAGUGCUUGCAUACUAAGCUAUUACAUUUUUCAUGCUUUUAUACUGUUAAGUUUUUUUCUUUUGCUAGGGCAAUUAUAUAACAAUAUAAUAAAAUAUCGUGCCUCUGUUACCCUAAGAUCUGAUCAGCCUUCAGAAACGCAGAAAAGAUGACUAGACUGUCUGCAUAACUCUCUAAUAAGAAUAAUUAUAUAUUCUAAAACAAUGCAAUGUCAAUUUUCCUUUAGCAGAGCUGAAAAUCUAUAUGAGAAAAGACAAACCUGUGUUUUUUGUGUGUUUAUACUGACUUUCACACAUCACAACAUAAUUACAUCCU